GCAUGUCGGCCGGCGGAGCGCCAAUCCCGCCGCCCCCGAACCCCGCCGUGUCCUUCCCUGCGCCCCGGGUCACACUGCCCACCGGCCCUAACAUCCUGUGGACCUACUCGGGCGCCUUCGUCUGCCUGGAGAUUGUGUUCGGGGGACUUGUCUGGAUUUUGGUUGCUUCCUCCAACGUUCCUCUACCUCUGCUGCAAGGAUGGGUCAUGUUUGUGUCUGUGACAGCCUUCUUCUUUUCCCUCCUCUUCCUGGGGAUGUUCCUGUCUGGGAUGGUGACUCAGAUUGAUGUCAAUUGGAACUUCCUGGAUUUUGCUUACCACUUUACUGUGUUUGUCUUCUACUUUGGAGCCUUUUUAUUGGAAGCAGCAGCUACAUCCCUGCAUGAUCUGCAAUGCAAUACAACCGUGGCUGUGCAGCCACUUCUGAAUGAUAACCAGUAUAAUGUCAACGUUGCAGCCACAAUUUUUGCCUUUGUGACAACAGCUUGUUACGGUUGCAGCUUGGCACUGGCUUUACGAAGAUGGCGACCGUAA